AUGGCAGCGAGCCGCUUGGUGUUUUUCUGGAUCCUGAUCGUCCUGAGGACAGCAGCUGGGUUUCUGCAGGAGGAAGAGGAGGAUCUGAAUGAGACGGUGCUCUGCUCCAACAACCUGAUGAAGGUGGUGAUUCCCAGCAUCUUCUUCCUCAGAAAAGACCCGCCCGUUUUCGUCGGGGAUUUGCAUCUGAACGAUCCAGAGUGCCGCGGCGUUGAGGUCGGAGAGGAUUAUGUUUUCAGCAUCAAGACCAAUCUGUCCGACUGCGGGACCCUGACGGUGUCGGACCAGUCCCACAUCAUGUUCACAAACUCGAUCCAUAACAACGAGUCUCAGGUGAUCACCAGGAACUACGUGAACAUCACCUUCAGCUGCAGAUACCCCGUCCGGUACCUGGUGCAGCAGCCGGGGGGGGGGUCACGGGGUGCACGUGCACCUCAGGACCAUCACUCUGAACACGGAGGACGGGAACUUCUCCGUCUCGAUGCUUCUGUUCAAAGACGAGGCGUUCGAGGACCGCUGGACGACCGUGCCCUCCCUCAGGCUGGAGGACCACGUCUUCGUCAAAGUGUUCAUGAUCCCUGCUCACCUGAUGCUGCGUAUGGAGAGAUGCUGGGCGACCCCCUCCAGUGACCCCUACUCUAACAUCCAGUACACCUUCAUCAGAGACAGUUGCCCGGUGCUCUCCAGCGUUCAGACUCUGAGCGUCCUGAGGAACGGGGAGGGGCCCGACGCUGCGUUCAGGCUCCAGAUGUUUAAGUUUGUUGGCAGUUCGUAUACCAACGUGUUUCUGCACUGCAACGUCCAGAUCUGCAGCCUCAGCUCGGGGCAGUGCCAGCCGAACUGUUCCUCUGUCGGUGAGGAAGAGUUGAUCCGGACUCGGAGAGACGUUCCUCUGUCUCACACUGUGUCUUACGGACCAAUCAGAC